CCUAUGUUUGUAGGUCCUAAAUGUCCUAUGAUAUGAUAACAGAUUUAUUCCUUGUCUAUGAAUUGAUUCUCUCAUCACCGCCCAGAUACUGUUAUAAAUUCCUGCAACAAGAAAGUCGAUGUUCUAUUGAAAUAUAUAUAUAUAUAUAUAUAUAUAUAUAUAUAUAUGGAUAGAUAGAUAGAUAGAUUCUCCAAUGCCCUCAAUCAAAAUUAUUGAUUAGAUUGACGUUCAGAUAGUAUAUAUACCCUCAAACUAUAGCAUCUUCGUAUCAGUCUGUGGCACAGAAUCAUCUCAAAAAUCAAAUGUACAUGAACCCAAUAGGCAAAGAACUUAAUUAACCUCUAGUGUUCGCUUAUAUAUACAUACAUACAUAUAUAUAUAUAGAGAGAGCAAAUCUAAUUAAGAUUUAAGAGUAAAGAGUGUUAUAUAUGAUGGAGACCGUGCAUAGAAGAAGAAGAUCAGGAACAGGUGGUGAUGAUGAGAGUUCAGAAGAUGAUGAAGAGUUCAAGGUCGAAGAGCUUCGAGCGGAGUCCAAUCCCAUAUCGACUUGGAAGGGUCUUCUAAAGCUGUUCGUGAACGGGUCAGGAGGAGGAGGAGGACCAGACUCAACCACACAUGCGGAGAGGAGUUUCAUUAUCCAUCCUGACAACUGGUGGUACCUGGUGUGGACUCAGUUCAUUCUGAUAUGGGCAGUGUACUCGUCCUUUUUCACACCCCUCGAGUUCGGAUUCUUCAGAGGAUUGCCGGAGAACCUAUUCCUUCUCGACAUCGCCGGACAAAUCGCCUUCCUCAUCGACAUCGUCGUCCGCUUCUUCGUCGCCUACCGGGACGCCCACUCCUAUCGUUUGGUCUACAGUCGCACUCUCAUUGCCAUUCGGUACUUAAAAUCUCGCUUUUUGGUCGAUUUGAUGGGUUGUUUGCCUUUGGAUGCCAUCUACAAGGUUUGCGGCAGAAAAGAACCAGUGAGGUAUCUAUUAUGGAUUAGGCUAAGUCGGGCACUUAGAGUGACAGAAUUUUUUGAGAGGAUGGAGAAAGAUACACGUAUCAAUUAUCUGUUUACGAGGAUUGUGAAACUUCUUGUUGUUGAACUCUAUUGCACACAUACAGCUGCCUGCAUCUUUUACUAUCUGGCUACCACUCUGCCUGCCUCCAAGGAAGGAUAUACAUGGAUAGGAAGUUUACAGAUGGGUGACUAUAAAUACGCACACUUCAGAGAGAUUGAUCUUUGGAAGCGUUAUGUAACAUCACUGUAUUUUGCCAUUGUUACCAUGGCAACAGUUGGUUAUGGAGAGAUACAUGCAGUCAAUAUCAGGGAAAUGAUAUUCAUUAUGAUCUAUGUCUCUUUUGACAUGAUUCUUGGUGCUUAUCUACUCGGUAACAUGGCGGCAUUGAUUGUGAAAGGAUCAAAAACAGAAAAAUUUAGAGAUAAAAUGGCAGAUAUCAUCAAGUAUACGAAUAGGAACAAACUUGGAAAGCACAUAAGUAAUGAGAUCAAAGGCCAUGUGCGAUUACAAUACGAGAACAGGUACACUGAGCUUGCAAUUCUGCAGGAUAUUCCAGUCUCUAUCCGAGCUAAGAUUGCACAAAAGUUGUAUGAGCCAUACGUUAGAGAGGUUCCUAUUUUCAAGGGGUGUUCUUUGGGAUUCAUCAACCAGAUAGCAAUCAAUGUCCAUGAAGAAUUUUUUCUUCCAGGAGAAGUGAUUAUAGAACAGGCGAAUCUAGUAAAUCAACUUUAUUUUGUUUGUUAUGGUAAACUGGAGGAAGUAGGAAGAGAUGAGGAUGAUAAAACAGAAGAACCUCUUCUACGUUCGCAGACUUACAACUCGUUUGGUGAAAUUUCUGUUCUUUGCAACAUUCCAGCACCUUAUACCAUUCGAGUUCGUGAAUUAUGUAGGCUACUGCGAAUAGAUAAACAGUCUUUCAUAAACAUCCUUGAGAUAUACUUCCAUGAUGGGCAGAUUAUUGUAAAUAACCUUCUGGAGGGAAAAGAAUCCAGUCUCCGGAACAAGCUGUUGGAGUCUGACAUUACACUUAAUAUUGGAAAACAUGAAUCUGAGCUGGCUACAAGGUUGAAUUGUGCUGCUUAUGAUGGAGACUUGUAUCGACUAAAACUUUUGAUUGGAGCUGGAGCAGAUCCCAAUAAAACAGAUUAUGAUGGAAGAUCACCUCUGCAUCUUGCUGCAUCUAAAGGAUAUGAAGAUAUUACUCUGUUUCUUAUCCACCAACAAGUACCUAUAGACAUUGUAGAUAAAUUUGGAAACACUCCGUUGCUCGAAGCACUCAAGAAUGGGCAUGAUCACGUGGCUUCUUUACUUGUCAAAGCAGGGGCAUCAUUGACUGUCGACGAUGCUGGAAGUUGUCUCUGUAUGGCUGUCGCAAAGAGGGAUUUGGAAUUCCUAAGAAGAGUUUUGGCCAAUGGCAUUAAUCCCAACUCCAGAAAUUACGAUCUUCGAACACCACUUCAUGUAGCUGCCUCAGAAGGGCUAUAUUCACAUGCAAAUUUAUUAUUACAAGCGGGGGCUAGUGUCUUUUCAAAGGAUAGAUGGGGAAAUACUCCAAUUGAUGAAGCUCGAGUAGGUGGAAAUAAGAAUCUAGUAAAGCUACUGGAAGAUGCAAAAUGUGCCCAGUUGUCAGAAUUUUCUGAUUGCUUUGAAGGAAUUCAAGAUAAAAUGCGGCAAAGAAAAUGCACGGUGUUCCCCUUCAACCCAUGGGAUCACAACAAAAAGGAGAGAACACAAGGAGUUGUGCUAUGGGUUCCACAAAGCAUUGAAGAGCUCAUUGUGGCAGCAACAGAGCAAUUAAAAUUUUCAGGUGCUUCAUGUAUUCUAUCAGAAAAUGGGGGUAAGAUUCUAGAUGUGCACAUGAUUUCUGAUGAUCAAAAUCUGUUUUUGGCGAGUGAAGAACGAUAAAGGUAAAUGGGGUGGUGCCUCAUGUACUUAGUAAGUUAUGAAUAUUAAGACUCCUAUAGUUUGUUGUCUCAGAUUUAACAUGUAUAAGUGAGCAAUGCUCCUCCUUGUUUAGGGUUUGUGUAUUUCAAUUCAAUUUGCUAUGGAAUACGAAUAAACUGAACCGAAAAACCAAACAAUAAAGAACAAGAAAAGAUUGGCAAAAUUUUCAAUCUUGUGCUCAAAUAUUUAAUCAUAUGUGUAUGUGUACCAAUUUGGUAAUGAAUUGCCUUUGGGCUAUUUGUUUUUCAUUCUUGAUUUGUGGAUGUGUUCUUUCUUUGAUUUUGGGUAUGCCCCAUGUAACUCUCUAAUGGAUUUGAUUCAGUAGCAUAAUUCUACUUGCUCAUUUUAGGAAAAAAUUAAUUAGUGGGAAAGACUACCGAAAACUAGUUUUCGAUUAACUGAAGAGUACAAUUACUAAUUUAUCCUUAUUUUUUAAUUUAUUAUAAAAAAUCAAAAUAUAUGCUAUUAUGAAAUUACCACUUUGCCCAUAUCUUCUUUCCCAAUUCAUUUUUGUUUUCCUUUCUUCUUCAUAAUGUUGUCAAAGAAGUAAUACCACAGUGGCUGCCGACUUUCCUUUCCUUCGGCGAGAUUGGAUUUGGGUUUUGCUGGGAUUGGAGAUACUCCGAUGAUUAAACAAAAGAAGGGAAAAAAAGGUGAAAAGUGGGUGAAGGUCAGGUUUUGCAGAAGAGAGACAGUUCCUCUAUAGCGGCGCUGCAGAAGCGAGCAAAGAUGACAUUGGCGAGCACUGUCUGAACGUACGACGAUGAAGUGUUCGGCAGUCAAGCGGCGGCGGCAGAAGACGACUACAAACAGCAGCAAGAAGACGCGAUUUGCGAUUCUGAGAUUCCUCCGGCACAUCCCAGAAAUGAUGUGCUCCACUGGGACGAGGGGAAAAAAAUAAACACAAAAAACAAGAUCACUUUCCUUGAUGUUGUAAAUUCUGUGAUGCACUCAAUUUUUGCGUCAAUAAUGGCUUGUAGUUUUUGCCUCACUUUAUUUAAAAUAUCAUACUUUGGACAUCAUGAAAAGAUGUUUAAAUCACGUAUCUAUAUUAGAAUUUGAGGUGAAUUAUCUUUUCAAUUAUCUUCUACAUUUCUUUCUUGUUUCCAACAUCUUAAAGAAUCUCAGAACAAUAAAUCUGUGAUGUUUUUUAUAUGAUCAGUUUUCACACUAUAGCAACUGGAUGAUGAUGUGCUAACAUCUGGAUGGCAAUGGUGGGUGGCGGCAGAAGGAAGUGA